AUCAGUAAGGAACGGGAAAUUCCUAUUGAAAUAACGAAGUUCAGAGAAGUUUUCUUCAUUCAUAACAAAAUGGGAGACAAAGCAACAUCGACACCAGCAGUCGUCGCUGAAUCGGCGGAAAACAGCGCUCCGUCGACCGCUACAACGAAGAAGCCAAGCAGUGCCAAAACCAAGACAACAACACCGCGAGCCAAAGCUUCCCAUCCGAAAACGGCCGAUAUGGUCACGUCCGCCAUUAAAGAUCUCAAGGAACGCAAUGGCUCUUCUUUGCAAGCCAUCAAGAAGUAUAUGGCCAGCAAGUACAAAGUCGACACCGAGAAACAAGCAACUUUCAUCAAGAAGUAUCUGAAGGCUGCAGUCGCUUCUGGUGCUAUUGUUCAAACCAAAGGCAAGGGAGCAGCCGGAUCAUUCAAGCUUGCGGUGAAGAAAACCGACGCACCCAAACCUAAGGCUAAGAAGCCCGUCAAAGCCGCGGCUCCGAAAAAAUCACCUAAGAAAGCUGCAGCUCCGAAAAAACCGACAACUCCGAAAAAAGCAGCGACCACUAAGAAAGCCGCGGCCACCGCCGUUGCCCAGAAAAAAAAGGUUUCCAAGGGGCCCGCCGCAAAGCCACCGAAACCCAAAACAACGAAACCCAAACCAGCUGCCAAGUCUCCUGCGAAAAAAGCGAAACCAGCAACACCCAAAAAAAACAAAGCUGCUGCUCCUGCAAAACCCAAAAAGACUGCAGCAAAAAAGACCGCUGUGGCGAAAAAGUGAAUAACUUCAUUUUUAACAGCAGAUAUGUAACUUGAUCGGCCCUUUUCAGGGCCACCAAAUAUUUCUAACGUUGAAACAAUCUGCCACUAUUGAAUAGUUUUACAAGCUUACCUCAAAUAUUUCACCAUUUUGUUAAAAUUACUCGAAAGUUUGAUUUUCAAUACUUGAAAUUCCCUGGAUCUUAUAAAAUAUCAUAUUGUCUCAAAUCUAUUAAGCAAUUUUUAAUAAUGGUUGAAAAAUGUUGGUUUUUUACUCUUUGCAGAAAAUGAUCUUAAAUAGAAAUUUAGUUGGGACUAUUGACAAAAUAUAACCGAAAUAUACUUCGAUAACCGUGAUAGAAAAAUGCGAAUAAUUAUUAGCCAAUUACCAUUUUUCUUCUUAUUCCAAGAAAUUGGAACUGAUAUGUUUUUUUCUCGUAUUGAAAUCUGAACCAGAAUCAUAACUGAA